UAUCCAUGCUGACAACGAAUGCUACACUGCGACUGUUAGUGUUUUCACUGCCUUUUCCCCGUCCACUGCCGCCGCUUUCUGCCGACUCCAUGUUUGUGCACUUUAGUUUCUAUGGACACAUCCACGACAGGGUAGAGGUCACCGGCUGAGUGCACACUUCAAAGCUUCGAAAAGUUGAUGCCCCCGACUGACAGGCAUGAACUCGAAAGGCCCAUCGUCCGAAGACGACUAUGAUAUCUUCAAAGACUCUCUUAUAAGAUACUUAGGAUAUGCCAAUGAAGUGGGUGAAGCAUUUCGAGUGCUGGUACCAGUCAGUGUUGUGAGAGCCAGCUAUGGGGUUGCUAGUGGGUAUGUGCUGUCAGAUGCCAUUCACAAAUACUUCAAGACUUCACAGCAGCCCAUUGUAAAUCCCAAACAAGGAAGAUCUGCAGGUCUGGCUUUCACAGACACCCUUGUAUGGCAAGCUUUGGCCUCAGUGAUUAUUCCUGGCUUUACUAUCAAUAGGGUAUGCUGGGUGACCAACAAACUGCUCCAAUCAGCCAGAACACUUCCUCCCAUGGUUCGCAAAUGGAGCACCACUGUUGUUGGAAUAGGCUGCAUUCCCCUAAUUGUUCAUCCAAUUGAUCGAAGUGUUGACUAUCUGAUGGAUAAUAGCCUGCGGACAUGGUAUAAUUAUCAUCCUAGGAAAAGCACAACCACAAAAGUUGAUGAAAUAUAAAAAAACAAUCUUUUUUUAAGAUGUAGAUUUCCUCCUUUGUUUUUUGCUUAGGAAUCUGAAUAGUGGAGGAUUUUCACCAGAUAAUUAAACAUGCAAUAGGAGAAGAUCCUGUUUUAGUUAGGUAUUUUAAAGAUAUUUCCCACGUUGUUUGUGCUUAUAUUUUUUCAUCUUCUCAAAACUUUUCUAUGCAAUUUAUAAAUGAGACUGCAUUGUUUUGGCGACACCUUCAUGUUGUCAAAAUUAAGUUAUUUUAGGAAAUUCUAGAUGUCUAAUUUAAGAAAAUAGAAAACAGAAAUGUAAACAAAUACAGUGAUACCUCGGUUCUCGAACAUAAUUCGUUCCGGGAGGACGGUCGAGAACCAAAUUGUUCGAGAACCGAAGCAAUGAAACCCAAAGGA